AUGACUUCCGACUCCAGUGCUCCUCCAACGAAAAGGAAAAAGACCUCCAACAAUGAGUACCCACCUCAUCUUAUUGAAUAUGUCCCACCUACCGUGAACGACGCCUUGAGAGCCACCACCAUCACCAAUGCUGGUUCUACCGCCCACCAGUUGUCGGUCCAUGAUUCCUACACUUAUAUCUCCUCGAUACCCCAGGAAAUCCAAAACCAUCCAGAAGACGAAAUAAUCCUUGGAAUCGAUGAAGCAGGUCGUGGACCGGUGUUGGGGUCGAUGGUGUAUGCCAUUGCUUAUGCCCGGAAGCCGGCACUCCAUUUACUCAGUGAUACUGAUUUUGACGAUUCUAAGAAAUUGACAGAUCUCAAACGAUUCGAGCUAUUGUAUGCCAUCACUGCUGAUCCUGAUGAUCCUCAUAUUAGUGCUGCCGAUCCUCAAAAACAAUUGCAUGGGGAAAUCGGAUAUGCCAUGACCAAUUUGACUGCCAGGGAUAUUUCUCUGGAGAUGUUGAACUCCGAAACUUUCAAUAAUUUGAAUAACCAGGCCCAUGAGACGACGAUUGCGUUAAUCCAGAAUAUUCUCAAACUAUUAGAUGGGUUCAAAGUCACCGAGGUGUACAUCGAUACCGUGGGUCCUCCACAAACGUAUCAGGACAAAUUAUCGAAGAUUUUUCCAACUUUGAACGUUACGGUAUCAAAGAAAGCCGAUUCUAUAUAUCCCAUUGUCAGUGCGGCCUCAGUGGUAGCAAAGGUCACCAGAGAUGUGCUUUUAAAGAAGUACCAACAACUACAAAGGCUAAGCAACCCAGACAAUACCGAAAUGGGGUCAGGAUACCCUAGUGAUCCCAAGACCGUUAGAUAUUUAAACGGGAAAAUCCAUGAUAUUUUUGGCUGGAACCAAGUGAUUCGUUACAGUUGGCAAACUGCAAAGACAUUGUUGACCGAUAAAACUACGGUCGUGGUUUGGGAAGACGAUAUUAAAUUGAAGAAGAUUGAUUAUGGGGAUAAUGUCAGCAGUUAUUUCAAGAAGAAGGAUUCGCUGGAGAAUGAUUUGGAAAACUUGGAGGUAUCAAGUUUGUGGUAUGGUAAUAAUGUGAUAUCAAUAUAA